UUUUCUGGUCUUUGUGUGGGGUGGAUUAGCGGAUAGAGACCGAGCCCACAGCAUCAUUUAUACUACAACGAGAAAACGUUAUUUCACAGCCGUUUUUUGGUUUAUUUUCACCGUCAGUUAUCGUAGGAGCGGAUAUGCAAUUAGCAGAUCGGGCUGUUUUGUGAGUGAACCUGUGUCGCCAUGACAACCCACGUGACCCUGGAGGAUGCGCUGUCCAAUGUGGACCUGCUGGAGGAGCUGCCCCUCCCAGACCAGCAGCCAUGCAUCGAACCCCCGCCGUCCUCCAUCAUGUACCAGGCUAACUUUGACACCAACUUUGAGGACAGAAAUGCAUUUGUCACUGGUAUUGCCCGCUACAUCGAACAGGCCACUGUACACUCCAGCAUGAAUGAGAUGCUGGAGGAGGGGCAUGAGUAUGCUGUCAUGCUUUACACUUGGAGGAGCUGCUCCAGAGCUAUUCCUCAGGUGAAGUGCAAUGAACAGCCAAACCGAGUGGAGAUCUAUGAAAAGACUGUGGAGGUGCUGGAGCCUGAGGUCACCAAGCUCAUGAAGUUCAUGUACUUCCAGCGAAAGGCCAUCGAGCGUUUCUGCAGCGAGGUGAAGCGUCUGUGUCACGCCGAACGGCGGAAGGACUUUGUGUCCGAGGCUUACCUGCUCACUUUAGGAAAGUUUAUCAACAUGUUUGCCGUGCUGGAUGAACUGAAGAACAUGAAGUGCAGUGUAAAAAACGACCACUCUGCUUACAAGAGAGCGGCUCAGUUCUUGAGAAAGAUGGCUGACCCGCAGUCCAUCCAGGAGUCCCAAAAUCUUUCCAUGUUUUUAGCCAACCACAACAGAAUUACACAGUGUCUGCACCAGCAGCUGGAGGUGAUCCCGGGUUAUGAAGAGCUGCUGGCUGACAUUGUCAACAUCUGUGUGGACUACUAUGAGAACAAGAUGUAUCUGACCCCCAGUGAGAAGCACAUGCUACUAAAGGUUAUGGGUUUUGGACUGUAUCUAAUGGAUGGAAAUGUCAGCAACAUAUACAAGCUGGACACAAAGAAAAGGAUCAACCUCAGCAAAAUCGACAAAUUCUUUAAGCUUCAGGUUGUACCCCUGUUUGGAGAUAUGCAGAUCGAGUUGUCACGCUACAUAGAAACAAGUGCCCACUAUGAAGAGAACAAGUCCAAGUGGACCUGCACUCAGAGCAGCAUUAGUCCACAGUAUAACCUGUGUGAGCAGAUGGGGCAGAUUAGAGAUGACCACAUCCGGUUCAUUUCUGAGCUGGCACGCUACAGCAACAGUGAGGUGGUGACCGGCUCCGGGCUGGACAGUCAGAAGUCUGAUGAGGAAUACAGGGAACUCUUUGACCUGGCACUCAGAGGUCUGCAGCUUCUGUCCAAAUGGAGCACACAUGUCAUGGAAGUGUACUCUUGGAAACUGGUCCACCCCACCGAUAAGUUCUGUAAUAAGGACUGUCCAGGCACAGCUGAGGAGUACGAACGUGCUACACGCUACAACUACACCAGCGAGGAGAAGUUUGCCUUGGUGGAGGUCAUCGCCAUGAUCAAGGGUCUUCAGGUUCUGAUGGGGAGGAUGGAGAGUGUGUUUAACCAGGCCAUCAGACAUACCAUCUACUCCGCCCUGCAGGAUUUUGCACAGGUGACCCUGAGAGAGCCGCUCAGACAGGCGGUGCGCAAGAAGAAGAACGUCCUCAUCAGCGUUCUACAAGCCAUCCGUAAAACCAUUUGUGAUUGGGAAGGAUCAAGAGAACCCCCUAAUGACCCCUGUCUCAGGGGAGAGAAGGACCCUAAAGGAGGCUUUGACAUCAAAGUGCCCCGCCGUGCUGUUGGCCCCUCAAGCACACAGCUCUACAUGGUUCGCACCAUGCUGGAGUCCCUCAUUGCUGAUAAAAGUGGCUUCAAGAAAACGCUUCGCAGCAGUCUGGACGGACCCAUCGUUCAGGCCAUAGAAGACUUCCACAAGCAGUCUUUCUUCUUCACCCAUCUCCUAAACUUCAGUGAGGCCCUGCAGCAGUGCUGUGAUCUGUCCCAACUCUGGUUCCGUGAGUUCUUCCUAGAACUUACAAUGGGUCGUCGCAUUCAGUUUCCCAUUGAGAUGUCCAUGCCCUGGAUCCUCACCGACCACAUUCUGGAGACCAAAGAACCCUCCAUGAUGGAAUAUGUGUUGUAUCCAUUGGACCUUUAUAAUGACAGUGGGUAUUACGCCCUCACUAAGUUCAAGAAGCAGUUCCUCUAUGAUGAGAUAGAGGCCGAGGUCAACCUGUGUUUCGAUCAGUUUGUCUACAAGUUAGCUGACCAGAUAUUUGCCUACUACAAAGCAAUGGCUGGAAGUGUCCUCCUUGACAAACGCUUCCGUGCGGAGUGUAAGAACUACGGUGUGAUCAUUCCAUACCCGCCCUCGAACCGCUAUGAGACACUGCUUAAACAAAGACAUGUGCAGCUUCUAGGUCGCUCCAUUGACCUGAACAGAUUGAUAACUCAGAGGAUUUCAGCAGCCAUGUACAAAUCUCUGGAUCAAGCUAUCAGCCGCUUUGAGAGCGAGGACCUCACCUCCAUAGUGGAACUUGAGUGGCUGAUGGAAAUCAACAGGCUGACUCAUCGUCUGCUAUCGAAGCACAUGACUCUGGACAGUUUUGACGCUAUGUUCCGUGAGGCCAACCACAACGUGUCUGCUCCAUACGGCCGCAUCACGCUGCACGUCUUCUGGGAACUGAACUUUGACUUCUUGCCAAACUACUGUUACAACGGCUCCACCAACAGGUUUGUGCGGACAGCUAUACCCUUCACUCAGGAGCCUCAGAGGGACAAACCGGCCAAUGUCCAGCCUUACUACCUGUACGGCUCGAAGCCUCUGAACAUUGCUUACUCCCACAUCUACAGUUCCUACAGGAACUUUGUGGGUCCUCCACACUUCAAAACAAUCUGCCGCCUUUUGGGUUACCAGGGCAUCGCUGUGGUGAUGGAAGAACUUCUCAAGAUUGUCAAGAGCUUGUUGCAAGGCACCAUCCUGCAAUACGUGAAGACUCUCAUAGAGGUUAUGCCCAAGAUCUGCCGUCUGCCCCGUCACGAGUACGGCUCACCAGGCAUCCUGGAGUUCUUCCACCAUCAGCUGAAGGACAUCAUUGAAUACGCAGAGCUCAAGACAGAUGUGUUUCAGAGUCUGAGGGAGGUGGGAAACGCCAUCCUUUUCUGUCUGCUCAUCGAGCAAGCUCUGUCACAGGAGGAAGUGUGUGAUUUGCUUCAUGCCGCCCCGUUCCAGAACAUCCUCCCACGGGUCUACAUUAAAGAGGGUGAGAGACUGGAGGUGAGGAUGAAGAGACUGGAGGCUAAAUACGCUCCUCUUCACCUGGUGCCUCUUAUUGAAAGACUUGGGACCCCACAGCAAAUUGCUAUAGCACGGGAGGGAGACCUGUUGACAAAAGAGCGACUGUGCUGUGGGCUGUCCAUGUUUGAGGUCAUCCUGACACGCAUUCGGAGUUUCUUGCAGGACAACGUAUGGCGAGGCCCUCCGCCCACCAACGGUGUCAUGCAUGUGGAUGAGUGCAUGGAGUUUCAUCGCCUCUGGAGCGCCAUGCAGUUUGUCUACUGCAUCCCUGUGGGCACACACGAGUUUACUGCAGAGCAGUGCUUUGGUGAUGGUCUAAAUUGGGCAGGCUGUGCCAUCAUUGUGCUGUUAGGACAACAACGUCGCUUUGACCUCUUUGAUUUCUGCUACCACCUGCUGAAGGUACAGAGGCAGGACGGCAAGGAUGAGAUCAUCAAGAAUGUGCCACUGAAGAAGAUGGCCGAUCGCAUCAGAAAGUAUCAGAUACUUAACAAUGAGAUCUUUGCCAUUCUCAACAAGUACAUGAAGGCCGUGGAGACAGACAGUUCUACUGUGGAGCAUGUCCGCUGCUUCCAGCCUCCUAUACAUCAGUCUCUGGCCACCACAUGUUAAAUAAACUUUAUCUGACCCCCAACAGUCCUAUUGUUCCUCUGGUGUGAUAUUGGUCUCAAACGUAAUGUAGUGCACAGGGUCUUUGAGCUUUCAAGAUUGCGUUGGCUUUAUUUGAAUAGGUGACAUACCUCUAGUCCUGACCCAUGGUUAAACAAAGCAGUAGAUUCCUCAGUCUUAAGAGAGUGUUCUUCACAACUGUUUUCAGUUUCAACAGCCCUUUAAAGGUUUGGAAGACAGCUAAGGUGAUAUUUAGGACUGUUGAAAAUUCUUCACAGAAUUUCACCAGAGGAAAUUUGAACAAAUGUUGGUGGUAUACUAGUAUAAAAUAAAUAUAAAUUAUUUCUAAUUAUGAAUAACUAUUAAGAGAAAACAUGGUUGAUGUCUGUUUAGUUUUUUUACGUGAUGCCCAUAAAGAUAUUUCAUUUAUUAUAGUAUUUGCAUGUUCCUCACAAAUCCUGCAUUCUCCCAAUUCUGCAAGAUUGUUUAUUAUAUACAGACCAAAAAAUAGAAGAGAUCAUUGAUUUAAUGAUAUUUAUGGAUGCACUUAUGUCCAUAAUUAUUCCCUCUUCAAGUUUCGAUUUUUAUACACCCAGAAUUGUUUACAGCAUUCUGUUUUCUUUAUAUUACAGCACUGGCUUACAGAUCUUUGCAUUUGUAAUGUCCAUUUUUUCCGGUUUAGAGAAUUGCGUGUAGUAUUUGUUCUAAUUUUAUUUGUACUCUACUGGUAUCAGUAUUUACUUCAACUAAUGAAAGGUUGAUUUUCUGUUAGUUCACUUUCAGUCUUUGGACAGUUCAUUUUGGCUAUUUUGUAAAUGGCAGACAUCCAUAUAUUAAUGAAAAAGUUCAUUGUUCUAAUGUACUAAUAACUGGAAUUGUAAUGUGAUCGGGUGAAUCAUGUUUUAGUUGUUAUUGCAGUAAUACUGCAUUGCAUUGACGAACAAGUAAGAAAAAGUGAACUUGUGAGAGAACCUGUUUCUAAAGUUUUGAAAAAGAAUUCAGUAUUUACCUUCACAUGCCCUUUAGUGCAACAGUGUUAGACUGGCAGAUUCGGUUUAGAUUAAGUUCAGUUUUCCAUUUUGUAAUUUAUGUGGCUAUUGUAAAUGUAACCUCAUGAAUGCUCAUCAUAUUCUGUUAUGCUUUUGCUUUCCUGAGUUUUAAUCUGUUUUUAAUAACUGUUGAAUUAAAUGGGUACUUUCCAGUAAUCUA